UUUUGUGAUAUAUUUAGCAGAAAUUUAUCAUCACAAAGUAAAAUUACAGUUCUUAAUAACUUCUCAUUUACUUUCUUACCUUCUUAACAGUGAAAAGGCUUAAAUCUUCAAUUGAAGAGUUGAGGGCAGAGAGAAGGCUCAGAGAACUGAAAAGGGAUGCUCUCCUGCAGAAAGUACGUGAUUUACAGAAAAGAAAGGCUUCUUCAAAAGACAGAGCCCAAGAAAAACUAAACAUAGAAUUUUAUCCAGCUCGUGAAGAAUGGAGGAAGCGUUAUAUGGAAGUAAAGAAAUCAACACCUCGACUCGAAGACCAUUGCGGCAAACUAAGGCAGGAACUCGAGAAACUUGUUAAAGACAUGCUGGUCAGCGUCAAGACGGAUGCUGACUCGAAACCACACAAACCUUCCAAAAAGACCAGCUAUAAAAUCAUGAUUAUGCGCCUGCUACAAGAAGUUGAGGACCUGAGAAGGCGUCUCCAGUCUGUUACAAUUCGAUUGAAUGCAGAAACAAAGCUAAGAUCUCAGGCAGAGUUCGAAGUGAAAAGACUGAGAGAAGACCUUCUACACAAAAAGACUCAAGUCACACUUACCAGAAAACAAACUUCUUUCCCGCCAGCAGAGCAAUUUUUCAUCAGCGCAGUAUAAAUUGUUGGAUUUAUUGUGAAACAAUGGCAAGUCUUUCCAGUUCAAUUUAGAAAUUUUUUUAAGAACGUAAUAUAACAAGCCCAGUUUUUAAAUAAUGUUAAAAGUCUAUUUUAUCCUCUUCUACAGGCUCAGUUUAUAUUACAGAGUAUUUCGGAAUCAGCAAUCUUUAUGUAUAAAUUUAAAAUUCAUUUCAAAAAUGAAAUUAAAAAGUAUGAACAUAAGAAAUCAAAAAUUAAACUAAGUAAAAAUAAAAACGUUUUUAGAAUCUUACAAAUCAUUGAAAGAAGGUGGCCCAAAGACAUCAAAAUCAGUUUGAUAUCCGAAUGAGACUUGGGUAUAUUUCUAAUACAAGUAUUUUUCUAAUUUCACAUCGUUUCAGUUUUCCCCAGAAAAUCAAAUAGGUUCUAAUGUCUUUAAUCUCGCCUUUCUCAUAAAUGUUUAAGUUAUUUUGAAAACGUUUUUGGUCACAACUGGAUUACACAUUAAUUUGCAAUUAUUGUGACCAAUAAACUUUUUGAAUUAAACUUUAACAAGAAUUCAUGGAA